UUUAACCUUGUUAGUUUGGCGUUGAGAGCUUUCAUUUGACCCGAACAUGUGCCACUUUUUCGCUCAUCAAUACACACACCUCCAUUGUUAGUAUAAUUAUCAGAGUAAAUAGUGAAUAUCGUUCUAUGUUGAAAAAAAAGAAUAUUUUUAAGUCAAUGUACAAAUCAUGGAUUUCAUUUUUAAUAUUUUUCUUUUCUUUCUUCUAUUUAUUAGUUAACUUGAUGUUAGCGAUUAAUUAUACGUAUUAUUUAACGGUUUUUUUAAAAUUAUUUUUAUCUAAUUUAAAUAAUCUGAUAUGAAUAAUGAAUAUUAAACAUGAUUCCAUUUCAAACAUCUCUUUUUUGUCAACUUAUUUCACAUGAUUUUUCCUAUAAACCGUGAGUAUCGUCUUAUUUUAGAGAAUAAGAAUUAUUUUAUUUCAAAAGUUUUUUAUAUGUUUUGUUGUUAAGAAUCGAAAGAGUCAUGUAGAAAGUGCUUAUUUAAUGAAAAAUAUAUAUGAAUACGAUAAAAUGUUGAAAUGUUGUUUUUUUUUGCAGAUCUAAAUACUAUGAGCUGGUCGAACGCCGAAACCAUAAUAUAAUAUUGUAAUUAAUUAGUAAAAUAUAUUGAUGAUAUUUACGUAAUUGGCAUGACAUAGAUAUGUAUCAAAAAUAGAUUUCACGUGUAUUUUGUUGUUAGUUUUAUUUGAGUUUCUUAACUAAUACAGUCAGUAUGAAAUGAAGAAAUAAAAAUUUAUUUUGUUUCUUUUAUUUAGGAAAAAAAAAUCAAAAUCCAAACAAAAUCAGUUUUUUCAUAUUUUAGAUAAAAUAAUAAAUACAUUAGAUACAUUACCAAAUGAAAUACUUUUCAAUAUAUUUUCUUAUUUAUCAUGGGAUGAAAUCUUAAUAUCAUUUUGGUCAUUAAAUAAACGUUUUGAUUCACUUAUUUGUUCAAUGUUUUCAUUAAAAGAAAAAGGAAUUACUUUCAAUGAAUCAAAUUUAUCUUAUAAGAAAUUUUCAUCAACAUUACUUCCAUUAAUAUUAAAUUCGUCAUCUCUUACAUCUUCUAUGAAAUUAAUUCAUAUUGAUGAUGAUGAUUUAAUUUCUUUUGAUUUAAUUUAUCAAGAUAUUUUCUAUCAAGAAAAUAAAAUAAAUAUUUUUUUUCCUAAUUUUCAAUCACUUUCUAUUACUUCAUGUUUAUUAUCUAAACCAUUAAUUGAAAUAUUAUAUGAACUUAUUCAAUAUCAAUUAAAUGAACUUACAUUAACAAUUAUAGAAGAUCCGAAGUAUAACAUCGAUUACAGUCAGCUACCUCAAUCAUUCUUUUCUGAUCGUGGUAAUUAA